AGACAUUUUUUUUAUUAUAACGAAUUCAGCCUAGAAUAUCGCGAGUUUUACAGUGCAUUUCAUAACACAUCAGUUCUGUUGGCGGCAGCGAAGAUACGCAAUAGAAGAUACGCAAACAGGCAAUUAUGAUUCGUUGGCGUGGUAAAACCGCAGUCGUUACCGGCGCUGGAUCCGGCAUCGGCGAGGCAAUUACACGUGCUCUUCUGCGAAACGGAGUGAACGUGGCUGCUCUGGAUGUUCGAAAAGAAAGAUUAGCAAAACUUGAUGUGGAAUGUAAGCAGGAAGGUUCCCGAACCUUGGGCACGUUGCAUACUAUAUGCUGCGAUAUAAAUCGCGAGGACGAGAUCGAUGCAGCAUUCUCGCAAGUCGAGACGUUAGGUGGUGUGGAUAUUAUGGUCAAUAAUGCUGGCAUUGGCGACUUUUCACAAGUAAUAGAAAGCGAUAAAAAAACAUUUGAAAGAAUGUUAGAUACUAAUGUCUUCGCAGUUUCCGUGUGUACGAACAAAGCAGUGCGUUUGAUGCGCAAACAAAAUGUCGAAGGGUAUAUUUUUAAUAUUAUCAGCGUUGCGGGCCAUUAUUUAAUACCGAGUGUGGGUCCCAUGAAUGUAUAUCCUGCUAGUAAACAUGCAGCACUUGCUCUAACUCAGACCGUACGACUCGAAAUAGCGGAAAUUAAGGCUCCUAUUCGAGUUACUAGCAUUAGUCCCGGUACUGUAAAAACAAACAUCCUUGAACAUUCGGAUACAAUGAGAGACUUUUUCGAGAAAGUACUAACGCUUCAACCGUCAGACAUAGCGGAUGCGGCUCUUGGAACGCGACCGGAAGUUCAGAUUACACAGCUUACCAUCCAGCCAACCGGAGAGUCUUUCUGAAGAAUCUUCAGUAAAAUGCUCGUUUUGUUAAUGUAUCAACAGUUUUACAAAGAACAAUUUUACGCUAAUAAUAAAGUAAGAAACUCGUAAAGAGUCCCUAAGCUUUUAUGUUGCUUUGCAAUUUUUGUAUGAAUAUAAAAUUUGUUGUUCUCUAUCAUAAUACUGUCUACGUUUAACUUAAUAAUUUUGCUAAUAUAAUAUUUUUUAUGUGCAUCCAUUUAUAACUAAAUGGAAAUACAAAUGAACGAUCCAAUAAAAUUUAUAGAGCUAAGGAAAUAAAUAUUUGUAUGUUUA